AUGGCGUGGGCCGUGGAUGAAGACAUGAUUGAUGAUUUGACGGCAAGUAUACGCACAAUUGUUCAUAGGUAUGGUAGAGUCACCGACAUCGCCGGCCCCCCUCGGUACGACUCCGUUCCCGACCUGGAUACCGCAAGCAUCGCUCGGGGAAGAUACCGCCGCGUGCGAUCGGUGACCCGCGCCACGGAAACGGCACUCGGCGUUUUCAUGCGCCAAGCGCCGUGA